AUGACGGAAGCUCUCGAGGAACUCGAACCGGUCGUAAGCGCCAAUCAGUCUCUCGAUUCUAGCAUCUCGCGUCCCGACACUUCUGCGCUCUCUAUGUCGCAGCUUCCGCAAAUUCGCCUACCGCCGUUCGACGGGAAUUAUGCCGAGUGGGAAAACUUUCGCGACCGAUUUACCGCUCUGAUCAUUAAGAAUAAGUCUCUUAGUGACUUCGCGCGCAUGCACUACCUCGCGUCUUCCUUAAAGGGUCGAGCCCUUGAUAGUAUUAGCAAUAUCGCGGUGACAUCAGAUAACUUCAACAUUGCUUGGAGCGCCUUAACGACUCGUUUUGAAAAUAAACGGCGCCUCAUUGCAUCUCACUUCUCGUCCUUGCUGGGAUUAACCGGAGUCGCUCGUGAGUCCGCCUCCGAGUUGCAGGCUCUCUGCGACAAAAUUAAUAUUGCCGUCGCGUCACUGAAAGGCCUCAAUCGUACACCAAGUGAUCUUUGGAACGACUUUCUUGUUCAUUUGUUAUCGCAAAAAUUGGACCCUUCUACUCGGAAGUCAUGGAAUUUAAAGACAAGCGACGCGGAAACCCCUCCGACAUACGAGGAGCUCACGCGCUUUCUCGCCACUCGUAUUCGCGCGCUCGAAGACAGCAGUCCCGCGGCGGCAGCGAAACCAACGAAGACAACGAAUCCUCGCGUUCAUGUGGCAAAUGCGUCGGCCACCGCGACGACGGCGUGCCCCCUGUGCAAGGCCCGUCAUUAUCUUAGCGCAUGCGUAAAGUUCACCGAGCAGAGUCCGACUCAACGCCGAGAAACUGUCAAGCGCCUCAAGCGGUGUUUCAACUGCCUGAGCGCCGCUCAUACUGUACAAGACUGCAAAAGCCAGUAUACUUGUCGCUCUUGCCAGAAGCGACAUCAUACACUACUCCAUGUGGACUCGGAUUCUGCCUCGAGUGUCGUCUCAUCCCUCGCGCUUGCAACGCAGUCCGCGCAACCGAGCGCUGCGUCCAAUGAUGUAACGUCACUGCUCGCGUCCGCGACGACUCGCGAUCGGGUUCACGUACUCCUCGCGACCGCGCGCGUUAAGAUCAGUGUAUCCUCUGGGCGUUCUAUCGUAUUGAGAGCUCUCAUUGAUCAGGGCUCAGAGGCGACGUUCAUUUCCGAGUCACUGGCACAGACUCUCCGAGCAAAGCGCAUACGGAUGCCGACUACCAUUUCGGCCGUAGGCGGCGUCAAACUCGGAUCCGUGAGACACGCCGCGGACAUCUCAAUCUCUCCUCGCGACGCUGUAGCUCCGUUGUUAUCAACUACGGCCCUCAUUCUUGACUCCUUGACUUCAUAUGCUCCGAAACGCCGGUCGGACUUCUCGAAUCUUUCGCAUAUCUCGAAUCUUGUCUGGGCGGACACUGAUCCUACUAGCUCUGAUCCGAUCCACAUAUUAAUAGGAGCGGAUCUCUACGGGGAGAUCAUUCUCGACGGAGUUAAAAGGGGCCGCCCUGGAGAGCCAAUUGCGCAAAAUUCCAUCUUCGGGUGGAUCAUUUCUGGUCCUCUCUCUGUCGGUCCACCCUCCUCCUCAGAUAACCUCCAUCUCACGGUUCAUCAUUGCAGUCCGUCGCAGGCAUUGAGCCGUGAAAUCAACCGGUUCUGGGAGAUCGAGGAAAUUCCGUAUGCUCACGUUCCUUCUCCGGAGGAAGAGCAAUGCGAGCGGCACUUUCGCAGCUCACACUCUCGAUCGUCAGAUGGACGGUACAUUGUUCGUCUGCCAUUCCGUGCGGGUCAUCCGAUUGACGUUGGACAAUCUAGGCGAUCCGCGGAGCGCCUACUUACCUCUCUUUUACGUCGUUUCGCGUCGCAGCCGGAUUUGAAACGCGAAUACACAGCGUUCAUGCGCGAGUACGAAGACCUCGGGCAUAUGCGCCAAGUUCCGGAGCAGAACGCGGCGUCGAAUCAAAUUCUCUAUAUCCCUCAUCAUCCGGUAUUUCGAAGUGAUAGUGCGACAUCUCAUUUGCGCGUCGUUUUUAACGCGUCCUGCAUCACGAGUAACGGGUCCUCCUUGAACGAUCACCUGCUCGCGGGCCUGAAGUUGCAGACGGACUUGCCCGCCAUUCUGCUGCAGUAG